AUGAAUAAUAAUUACCCGCGAGGACGGUAUCCACCGGGGAUCGGCAACGGUCGCGGCGGCGGAAAUGGAAUUGGAGUUGGGAACGCGAACCAGAAUUACCCGAACCGGAACCCGCAAUACCCGCAACCGCAGCCGCCGUACCCGCAGCGGACAACCGCACAGAAUCAACCGCAGCAGUGGAUGAGGCGAAACCCUAACACCGCAGCUGUGUCGGACUCUUCGAACGAAGUUGAAAAAACCGUGCAGCCCGAUUCAACCGGUUCUACCUCUCAAGAUUGGAAGGCUCGUUUAGCAGUACCGCCUCCUGACACGCGAUAUAAGACGGAGGAUGUUACUGCAACAAAAGGAAAUGAGUUUGAAGAUUACUUCCUGAAACGUGAUCUACUCAUGGGGAUAUAUGAAAAAGGGUUUGAAAGGCCUUCUCCUAUCCAAGAAGAAAGCAUUCCUAUUGCUCUCACUGGUAGUGAUAUUCUUGCUAGAGCUAAAAAUGGUACCGGAAAGACUGCUGCAUUUUGCAUUCCUGCCCUUGAAAAGAUUGAUUCGGAUAAUAAUGUUAUUCAAGUUGUUAUAUUAGUUCCGACAAGAGAAUUAGCACUUCAGACAUCCCAAGUAUGUAAGGAACUAGGAAAACACUUGAAAAUUCAAGUGAUGGUUAGCACCGGAGGAACCAGUCUGAAGGAUGAUAUAAUGAGAUUGUAUCAACCUGUGCAUUUGUUGGUUGGAACUCCUGGAAGAAUACUCGAUCUCACCAGAAAAGGGAUAUGCAUUUUGAAGGAUUGUUCAGUGCUUGUUAUGGAUGAGGCUGAUAAGCUGCUAUCUCCAGAAUUUCAACCUUCAAUAGAGCAGCUGAUCUCCUUUCUUCCUCCAACUCGGCAAAUUUUGAUGUAUUCAGCUACAUUCCCAGUUACUGUAAAAGAUUUUAAAGAUAAAUACUUGCGGAAACCCUACGUCAUCAAUUUAAUGGAUGAGCUCACACUCAAAGGUAUAACCCAGUAUUAUGCUUUUGUGGAAGAAAGACAGAAAGUUCACUGCCUCAAUACGCUCUUCUCCAAGUUACAAAUUAACCAGUCAAUAAUCUUCUGCAAUUCUGUAAACCGAGUGGAGCUGCUUGCCAAGAAAAUCACGGAGCUAGGUUAUUCUUGCUUCUAUAUUCAUGCCAAGAUGCUACAAGAUCAUCGUAACAGAGUAUUCCAUGAUUUCAGGAAUGGUGCUUGCCGGAAUCUUGUUUGCACUGAUCUAUUCACAAGGGGAAUAGACAUCCAAGCUGUCAAUGUUGUCAUAAACUUUGACUUCCCUAAGAACUCAGAAACCUAUCUCCAUAGGGUGGGUCGCUCGGGAAGGUUUGGACAUCUUGGAUUGGCUGUGAAUUUAAUUACAUAUGAAGAUCGCUUCAACUUGUACAGGAUUGAGCAGGAGCUUGGCACCGAGAUAAAGCAAAUCCCGCCUCAUAUUGAUCAAGCUAUUUAUUGCUACAGAAUUCGAUCCGACUCGCAAUUCCAUCCAUCUCUAAUCGUACGGCCAAUAUCUUCUAACAAGUUGCCCCACAGAACCCAAAUCCCAUCCGUCCAAAAGCGCGGGAACACCACCACUGCCACUGGACGAGCAUAG